AUGGAGGAGGCACCAGACGCAGCUAUAAAGUAUGGAACCGAUGGCUCCCGGUGCAGCGCAGUCCUGCGGGUCCUGCAUGCUGUGAAGUGUCAGGAAAUAGAUUUGGAUUCUAUUUUGCCUGACCAGGAAAUGCUGAUGAAGCUGAUGGUCCACCCGCUUCUAAUUCAGGCAAACUUGUCCGAAAUCCACAGCAACAUGUGGGUACGGAAUGGCCUUCAGAUUAAAGGACAAGCUAUGACCUACGUACAGUCACAUUUCUGUAAUUCCAUGAUUGACCCUGAUAUUUACCUGCUGCAGGUGUGUGCAUCAAAACUAGACCCGGACUACUUUAUUUCAUCAGUUUUUGAAAGGUUUAAGGUUGUAGACCUUUUAACAAUGGCCUCCCAACACCAGAACACCGUUCUGGACUCUGAUCAUGAAAGGUCGAUGCUUGAAGGGGCGCUGACGUUUCUUGUUAUCCUGUUGAGUCUACGUUUACACUUAGGAAUGACCGAUGACGAGAUCCUCAGAGCGGAGAUGAUAGCACAGUUAUGUAUGAACGACCGUACUCACAGCUCACUACUUGAUCUUAUUCCAGAAAGCCCUAAUCCCAAGAGCGGUGUAAUGCCGGGAAGCUGCAGCUCUGAAUCUGUAUUGUCGGCAGUUGCUGACUUUAAAGCUCCUGUGUUUGAACCUGGAGGUUCAAUGCAGCAAGGAAUGUAUACACCGAAGGGUGAGGCCUGGGACCAAGAGUUUGACCCUGUGAUGGUUAUCCUCCGUACUGUGUACCGCAGAGACGUGCAGUCUGCCAUGGACCGAUACACUGCAUUUUUAAAGCAAAUCGGUCGAUGUCCUGGAAACCCGUGGCCGCCUUACAAGAAGAGAACCCCUCUACAUCCAAGUUACAAAGGGCUUAUGAGGCUCCUGCACUGCAAAACUUUGCACAUUGUCCUCUUCACUCUUCUCUACAAGAUCUUGAUGGAUCAUCAGAACAUGUCAGAGCAUGUCCUCUGCAUGGUCCUGUAUCUCAUAGAGCUUGGAUUGGAAAAUUAUCCAGAGGACAACCCUUGUGAUGAGGACACGCCUGGACUGGAUCGAUGCCAUGACAGCUGGUUUCCUGGUAGCAGUUUGCUGUGUAAUAUGCGGCAUGUCAUAAACUUUGUGCGUGUUCGUGUACCUGACACUGCUCCAGAGGUGCGAAGAGAACCUCCAGCAAGCACCAGUUCGGAUAGCCAUUCAUCUGCACAUCAGGCUCCCAGGCGGCCUUCCUUCCAGAGAGAGAACUCCGGCACUGCUCAAGUUUUCAGUUUGGUUGCUGAACGGCGGAAGAAGUUCCAGGAGAUAAUAAACCGGAGCAAUAGCGAAGCCAAUCAAGCUGUGCGGCCUAAGACCUCGGCUCUGAAGUGGACAGCGCCUGGCUCUACGCCGCAAUUAACCACAGUGAUUUUAGAGGUGAAGGAGAGCAUGCUGUCCUUACUGAUCAAGCUUCACCAGAAACUGUCUGGGAAGACGGACUCCUACUGCCCACCUUGGUUGGGGGAUCCAGAUUGUCUUAUCCAAGCAGAUUUAUCCAAAUACGCUCAUGGGGAUGGAGUGACUGCUGUGGAAAGGAUUUUAUUGAAGGCUGCAAUAAAAAGCUGCUUGAACAAACUUAGCAUUGAUGAAAUUUGUCGGAAAGCUCCUCCACCUGUCCCACCCAAAAAGUCUAGUCCUGCAGAGAAGAAAACACUGGAUAAAGAGGAAAGACGUCAGAAGGCCAGGGAGAGGCAGCAGAAGUUACUUGCCGAAUUUGCUUCAAGGCAGAAAAGCUUUAUGGAAACGGCAAUGGAUGUUGAAUCACCCGAAUCUGAUGUGGCCAUGGAGAUCGCCUCAUCAGAACAGCAAGUGUCCGAACCGACGUAUGACUGUGUGAUAUGUGGCCAGAGCGGCCCAUCCACAGAGGACCGGCCCAUUGGUCUAGUGAUUUUGUUGCAAGCAACCUCUGUUUUGGGACACCGCCGAAAAAUUUCUGAGCCGAAGAAGCUUCCUACCAGUGAAGAGGAGCAUAUCUAUCUGGAGGGAACAUGUGCUGCAGCGCAUGAUGUCAGACUCACCAUAUUACAGCGCCAUUUCAAAGAUAGUUCCUGUCUCCAGUCUGUAUCGAUAGGUUGGGAAGGAGGAGUAUAUGUACAAACGUGUGGCCACACACUUCAUAUAGACUGCCAUAAAUCCUACAUGGAGUCAUUGCGGAAUGACCAGGUACUACAGGGAUUUGCUGUUGACAAAGGAGAAUUUACAUGUCCUCUCUGCAGGCAGUUUGCAAACAGUGUCCUUCCUUGCUUUCCUGGAAACAAUAUAGAGCGAAGCCUCUGGCAGAGUCACGCUCAUGGAAACAAGAGCAUGAGAGAGCUCAUCAAAGAGGUGGAGGAGCUUCAAGAGCAGCUGGGAACUUUCCCAUCAGAAACUAAUUUAAGCAAAGAAAUGGAGGCGGUGAUGAAAGACAUCAAGAGCACUACACAAAAGAAGUACACAGACUACAGCAAAACGCUCGGCUCCCCUGACAAUGAUUUUCUCUUUAUGUACUCUGUUGCCCGAACAAAUCUGGAACUGGAACUUGUCCAUCGUGGAGACAAUCUGUGCUCAGGAGGAUCGAGCGCGGCUGGAAAAAGAUCCUGCUUAAAUCAGCUCUUCCAUGUCUUAGCCAUGCACAUGAGGCUGUACAGCAUUGACUCCGAGUAUAAUCCGUGGAAAAAGUUAACACAACUUUUGCCAAAGAAAGAUCCCCAGACAAGCGAUGACGAGAGAGCAGAGGUUCCUUUGCUCUUCAGAGAUGUCACCUCAAUAUUGCUCAUUCAGGUCCUAACAAUGCCCCAGCCGCUGCGCAGAGAGCACUUCACCUGCAUUGUGAAAGUACUUUACUCCCUACUCUAUACUCAAGCCCUCAUCGCAGUCACUGUCCGGUUCAGUGCUGAGGACCGAGCAACUUGGAGAGAGUCUGGAGCCCACAAAAAAAGCUCAUAUUCUCCCGGGAAGUCAUGGGAAGCCUUGCUUGGUUUUGUGAUUAACGAAUUAUCGUCAGGAAAGCUAUACCAAGAAGAAGAGGCGGAGGACGUUACAAAGGUCAGCCCCAUUGCUUGGACCUCACAGUCCAUUGAACAUCACCUGCAGCAAUUUUGUCUGCCCUUCCUGAGGAUCACAACCCUUCUCCAGCACCAUCUGUUUGGAGUAGAUAUUCCAAGCUGCCAGGAAGAAGAUGAAUUUGUUGUUCUUUGCAGCUGCUCAGGAAUUUUACCGUCAGUCCUUGAAACAUCACAAGAGUUCACCAGCGCGGCCUGCCUAGACUGGCCUGUCCCUGCAUUUGACCUAACGUCUCAGUGGUGCACAGAAUUGGUUCUGUUUUCAGAAAAGCAGCCUGAUCAAUUUAAUCCUCUGCUUAUUCAAGAAACCAAGUGGGAUUUACCAAGGCUUCUUCAGUUGCCAGAAGUCUACAACACCAUUUUCCAAUAUUAUCAUAGGAAGGCCUGCAGUGUCUGCACUAAAGUUCCCAAGGAUCCAGCACUUUGCCUUGUGUGCGGUACAUUUGUUUGCUUGAAGGGACUUUGCUGCAAGCAGCAGAAUUUCUGUGAAUGUGUUCUGCACUCCCAGAACUGUGGUGCUGGUACCGGGAUUUUCCUGCUAAUCAACGCCUCAGUGAUAAUCAUAAUUCGGGGGCACCGCUUCUGCCUCUGGGGUUCUGUGUAUCUUGAUGCACAUGGCGAGGAAGACCGAGAGCUCAGACGCGGAAAGCCUCUUUACAUCUGCAAGGAGCGUUACAAUGUGUUGGAGCAGCAGUGGGUGACGCACACGUUUGAUCACAUCAAUAAAAGAUGGGGCCCGCAUUACAAUGGCCUGUGAAGAUCAAUGCAACUGCAAAUGAAAUUGCUAGCAAGAAGCAAAGGGCUUCCUACGGAAAGAAGAGGCUGGCUCGAUCCCCGCCACCAUAAAGCUUUUUAGUGAUUAGGUGCUAUUGUACUAAUAACAACACUCCCCGGCAAGCACUAGAAGAGCUAAGUAUACGAACGCCAGAAGAAAGAAAGGAACACUACAGCCGGUGUCGUCCUGCAAGCACAAUGAAUACUGAAUGUUCAAGGCGCAUUUCCGCUUCUUCUAUAGAUUUCUUUAUAGUUUCUGUACAUUUUAUUUUUAAUUAACUUGCUUCUAGCUACAUCCUUGUGUUGAUUUGUAUAGUCACUGGAGACUUAACUGACAUAUAGUGCACGCCUCAGUACAACAGGCCGACAUAAGGGUUUGUUAGCGCUGCUUUGUAUACCACCAGGGUCAGCGCACUGGUCAUCCACCUCCAGUGCGAAGCCGCCAGAGGGGAGGGGAUAUGGGUGGGGGGCAUUGUUGUGAAUAUAAUGUGCUGUGAUAAAUUGUGAUAUUUACGUUUUUGGGCUUUUGAGCCUUAUCUUACAAACUACUCAACCAUACUGAAGCAAUGGUUUAGUAUGGCCGGGUGGGUUUAGUUGUAUUUGCUAAAUGGGACUGCACUUUUAAAUGUUUGAUAAGCUCACUGUAAACUAAUCUAUUAACGUGUCCUUUUUUUGUUUGCUUUUUUGAGUGUUCAUAUGUAAUUAGGAAUCCAUUGUAAAACACCUUUUGUUUCCUGUGAAAUAUUGUAUAGUUACAGAUGGUAUACAGAUGUUAUUAAUGACAAUUUUACAUUCAAAUUGUAAUCAUAUAUAAAUAUUGCUGUAUGUGUGUAUAGAAGAAAAUACACGCAUUCAGGGACAUAUACAUAAGUUGAGUUAUUUGUCCAGAGGGUCUGCGAAAAAGUUUAUUUUUUAUUUUUUUUUAGGCUUUGCUAAAACUGAAUUUCAUUCUCAGGAAUUUUAAGACUCUCACUGGACAUGAAAUUGAAAUGUGAUAUUGGAUUGCUGUAUUCUUUCCAUUACCCUCAAAGUUUUGUUCCAACUCUGUUCUUUCUGCAAGGGUAAGUGCUUUGUUGUAUGCAGUGAACUAGGCUUAAAUGACAUCUGAGCAAGACAUGGUCAUCUAGGUCUUGUAAAAAUGUACAAAACAAUAAAACAGAUCAUCUAAUCUGAAA